AUGGCGUUGAAGACACUGACAUCCGCGGCACGGAGUCGUCGCAUCAAUAGGGCCAAACGCGAAGCGGAUACAUUUGCUAUCAAAGUUUUGUUGCUGCGUUGGUGUGCCAUGGCAUCGCAGUCCGCGACGGAGCGUUACAGCAGUGCGUCCGCUGCCAUUUUUUAUCAGACGUCACUUGCUUCCCGCAUGUUUCGUUCGUUCAAGUUGUUGCUGCAACGUAAAAAGGAAUGCAAGCGCGUAAUACCCCGCAUGGUGGAGUUGAUAGAGAUAUCUCUCGUCGCUCGGUGCAUAACUCCGUGGCGACAAUACACCAAGCAAAAGCAGCGUAUGGAUGCGUGUGUCACGGAAAUCACAUGCCUGCACGAUCAGAAUAUCAAAAACGCAGUUAUGAUGUCCUGGCAAGCUGCCUAUCGGUACCAGUCGGCCUCGGUACAGAUAGAGGCAUCAUGCCAACGUUUCGCGUUGCGAUUAGCAUGGGAACGCAUCAAGUCCUUGCACCGAGAUUCAGUACAGGUAUCCAUAUGCCAAUUUGUUGCAUCAAUGCUCUAUCAGAAGGAAGCUCUUGUGCAGUGUGCCGUUCUGCGUGAUGCGGUGUCAACCGCCUUCGACUACUGGCAGUCUGCCGCCAAAGAGAAGCAAGCCGCUCAAUACCGCUCUUUUGUGCUUAAGUACAAGUCCUUUAGUGCCUUGAAACACAACAGUGAACGCAGUAGUGAACCACCAGCACCGUCUCCUACAUCGGACUCCUCUGAAAACAACAUUCUGUCCCAUAGUACCAACCAGAAUAGGAUAAAGUCUGCUCUACAGCACAAGCGUGAUAUCAUAACAGCUGCAGGGCUUUUGACCAAGGCUAUGCAUAAAGAAUUGAAACGUGCAUCACUGAGGGCAUUAUGCGACAACUCUAAUCGCGUUGCACAAGAGACAUUGAAAAUGCAGCUUGUAACGGAGGUUUGCAAAAAACACACAGCAAAACGGACCCUUGUGAGUUGGAAGAUGUAUAGUGAUCUGCGAAAGAAGAAGUCCAGCAUGAAACUUCUUGCAGACCUCAAUUACAGAGGAUUUCUUAUAUCGCACUUUUUUGAUUACCUAAGGAACAGGUAUUUGCAACGCAUCGAAGAAUUCCAUAAAUCGCUGACUCUAUUCAAGGCUCAUCAGAGGAAACACCACCGCCGUGCAUACUUUAGGGCCUUCCUAGUCGCAGUGGAGCGCUCUCGGUCUUUGAGAACCACUCGAAGUCUCAUAGAGGUUUCUCAAAAAUCGCAAUCACUACAUUGGGCGUGGCGGCGUCUUGAAGAACGUUGUGCCAACAAUAUGAUGCGGAAGCUUCAGUGCAUUGCUAGAAUUGGAUCUAUCAAACUCGACGAACAUGCAGGAGACCCGGCUGUAUGGUUAAGAACUUUUCGGGAGGUAAAACUUCUUAAAUCACACGACAUGAAAGGCCUCUGCAAUAGUCUCAGGGAAACACUUCUAGGACCAAACAUUCUGUCAGUCCUGACGCUUCCACUGCGUAGCGAGUGCAUAGUCUUUCUACAUUAUCUGUCUGGCCUUAAAACAAGGGCUUUCGAACUGAUAGAAAGAUUGGAUAUGUCCGUGGAUGAUGCUGUGGUCCGUGUAUGCCGUACGUUGACAUCCAGCGAGCUAGGUGAAUUGCAUUCUACGUAUGCGUAUCAACUGUAUGUAAUGAGGUUAGAAGGAUUCCCGCAAUUAAAUUCUCUACCCGAAUCGCGUAGCACAGAGCACUCGAAGCAGUCGAUAAAGGCAUUAUCGCCACAGUUAGGAAACAAUUCGAAGUUAUCUGGCAUGGUAGAACCUGACGAUGGAGUGACAGGCUUAAAUGAAUCCGUAUAUGAAAAUGCGCCCAUAGCUACACAAGGAGAUUCAACGAACAGCCCUCGCAGCGGUUGCAUGGGCAAUCUGCGUGACAUACCAGAGUGGGCAGUGGACUUGUUGCAGCGUUUGACAGCAAUCAAGUUGUUAGGUGUCGGCGACUUGAGAUCACAAAGGUGCACCACUUUUGAUGUAUUAUAUUCCAGACUGCCUGUGUGGCGUUUGUUGUUCACAGUGUUUGCUCAAGCUCGUUGCGCUUCCACUUUCAGGGCGUGGAAAAAACGUAGUGCCGAUAGGAGCGAUCGCCGCGCCAAACUGUCGGAAAUGCGCAAUAGCGUUGAGGGGAUUUUCAAGAUAUCCACCCGUCUUGAAUACUUUACACGUUGGCUGGAAGUAGCGCGAAUAUGCCAGGAACAGAGGAUAGCUGAUCGUAACGAACGCUGCACGACAUUCACGUCUAUAUUGAGCUGUUUGGUCUAUAGGUCAGUCAGUAUAGUGUUUAUACGACUUCACCUUACGCGCCUAAUGGCCAUUCACACCGGAGCCGAGAGACAGCGCCAUAUGAAGUUUCUAUCAAAAGCUGUUGUCACCUCAUGCCGUAGUGGUGAUGCAUCUGCAGAAAUAUCGGCAAUUCGUUCCUAUGCAGUCUUACGCAGGCUUUUCUGUUAUUGGAAGAUGCUCACUCAAUGGCGUGUGGAGGUAACAUCACAAACAGAUGCAUUUUACCGGGAUCUCUUUAUGAGGAAGGGCUGGAGUACAAUUCAAUCUGCAUUCAUUGAGCGCUGUAAUAAUCGGACAGAGUUAGAAUCUUCGGUCAAAGAGGAGGUUACCCUGAGGCGCCUAGGCCAUGCAUUUGAUUUAUGGUGUAAGACUACUCGCUGUAAGAAGGCCUUAAGCUCGUUUUUACCUUCCAAAGAUUUCGUAAUGCAAAAGUGCUUCAAUGGCUGGAAGUCGCAUGUGCUUAAUAAUAUCAGGUUGGAUAAGAGCGCCACGAUUAUCAGAAAAAGGGUUGACGCAUCACUCUUAGGUACUGCAGUGGAAGGUAUGCUAGAGCACUACUUUAGGCGCUGCGCACUUGCGUCACUGCGUUCACGCAUACUUGCUGCUUCAUCUAAGAGGACAUUGUUAGCAGCAUUCACAGCUUGGCACGGUUCUAUGCAAAGGAGCAAAAGGCUUGCGGCACUGUACCACGAAAUGAAAGGGCGUAGAGAUAUCAUAGAACAGGAGUACGUCUUCAGCAUUAUGUACCGAUUCAGCCAGUUAAAGCAGUGUGUUUCUAGCCGCUUGAAGCGUCAACACUACGUAUAUAUGGUUAUAUCUGCAGCCACGCGCAAGAUGUCUCGGACGAUUGAGCAGCAUUGGGCAGCCACCCAGAAUCAUAUUUGUCGCAGGUUUUUCGAACUACAACGCGUUAUGAAAAACUCAGAAGCGGCUUUUAGUAAGAUCACAACAGGUCAAAGUCAGCUCUAUGUGGCUCUGUUGGCACUAUCGUCGCUAAAGGAAACCCGUAUUGCUGUAGGACUCAAGGCGCUGCAGCAGAACGUUCGAUAUAAUAUCGCAACGAAGACUGUUCAGCAAACACACAAUCGUACGUUAUUGCUGGGCGUUUUCAGGUGUUGGAGAAGAUGUGUUUCGUUCAACUUGCAUACUGGCGCUUCUUCCCAGCUUAGCCGUCAUCAACUGGACGGGCCUAAAGUCUUGGGAAAGGAUGGUGAUGUUGGUGCUGCAGCAGUAAAUGAUAAUGGCGGAUAUACAUUGACUGCAGACGCUAUGGAAAGGUAUUGCCUCGUUUUGGCUUGCUUUAAACACUGGCGAAAUACUGCGCUUAUGCUGCCUGGUCGUAACGCUGCAGCGAUUGUUGAAGAAUUCACUACUCACAACCGCAUGGUGGACGGUAUAUAUUUAUUGAAACUCCACGCGCUUGCUUCCCUUUGGUAUCGCACGUGCAGAGCACGGUUGGAAAUGUUAGUAGGUUCUAUGGAGGACAGAAUGAAGUGGACAAUGUUCCACGAGUGGCGGAUGGUUGCCAGAAAGAAGAUGACGGUCAACACUCAGGAAUUCCCCUAUAUUGAGUGA